GAACACACAUGUAUGCACAUUUUGAUUCCCAUUUCAAACUAUAAAACUUGGGUUUCGUUUAAAUAAUCUAGCUGUUCUUUUCAAUUUCUAGUACACUUGUGCUUAAUGUGAUAUUAUGAAUGUCUGAAUGAUGAUUUAUGAGCUGUUGUUGUAGUAUUGGAAAGACAAGUUUGGCAAAAAAGGCGUUCCGAUUUAAAGUAAUGGCAGGGAAUGAAGUGAUAGCAAGCGUUCAUGAUCAUUGCACUGUUGUAGAGAAGGUAAAUAACCGAGUUACGCUUACGUGCAACUACUGUGGAAAAACAGUAUCCUGUUAUUCUCGUCUCAAGAAACAUUUAGCCGGAACAGGUGGAGAUGUAUCACCUUGUAUAGAUGUUCCAGAGAAUAUAAAGGUGCAAAUGAGGAACAGUUUGCCAAUGAACAGGGAAGUUCUUCAGUUGUUCAAAUCGUGUAGUCUUUUGAAGAAAACUUCUGAUUCCAGUGAUUCCCUUGAGCAAAGCAGCAACAAUGUCGAUGAGUCCAUUCAAUCCAAUUUGUUGCGGAAGAGAAAACACAGCUCUAUAAUAGAGUACUCUGGAUUAGAGCAUGAGGUUGAGGUUUUGCAGGUUGUGCAUUACCCCGAAAUAUUAAACAAACUGAAGAAAGAAGAAGAAGAAGAAGCUGAGGAUGACUCAUCUACGCAAAUCCAGAGGUGUAUUGGCAGAUUCUUUUUUGAAAACAGCAUUGAUUUUAAUGCAGCAAACUCAGCUUCCUUCAAGAAAAUGAUACAUGCCUUGGGUGGACGUGGAUCCACGACAUAUAAGGUCCCUAAUUGUGAUGACCUCAAAGGGUGUAUCCUAGAGGAAGAACUGAAAGCAAUGAGAGAGCAUGUGCUGGAAGUCGUGUGUUCUUGGAGAAGCACUGGAUGCAGCAUAUUACUGGAUGGGUGGACCGAUGAGAAAGGGAGGUAUAUGAUUAAUUUUGUCAUUGAUUGCCCACGCGGUCCCAUAUACAUGAAGUCGGUCCAUUUCUCAGAUUCAGUUGCAGAUGUAGAUGCCAUGGUCUCAUUGUUAAGUGGAGUUAUUGAACAUAUAGGAGUACAGAAUGUGGUUCAAAUUGUCACAUAUACUACUGGGGGUUCAAUGGAGGCAGUCGGUAAACAAAUGACAGAGAAGUAUAAGAGUGUGUUUUGGACUGUUUGUGCAUCUCACUGCAUAGGCCUCAUGUUGGAGGAAAUAGGAAUGCUGCGCACUGGGAGUAGAGUACUCGGUAAGGCAAAGGCCAUUACUAAGUUCAUUUACAGCCAUGAGACGGUUUUGAAGCUCAUGAGAAAACACACUCGUGGGUUCAAUCUGGUUACUUCCUCCAGGAUAAGAUCAAUGGUGCCAUUUUUAAUCUUGGAGAGAAUUAAGUCUCAAAAGAAGAAUUUGAUGGAGAUGUUUAUUUCGCCGGAAUGGAAGAACUCGACCUUGGCUUCAACAGCUGAUGGUUUGAUGGUGUCUGGUUUGGUCACUGGGGAGCCUUCUUUCUGGACUGAAACCGAAAUGCUUUUGAAGGCAACUAUUCCACUUAUACGUGCUCUGCAUCUACUUAAUGGAGGAGAUAGUAGACCCCAGUUGGGCUACAUAUAUGAGACAAUGGACCAGGUGAAGGAGACAAUAAAAAAGGAGUAUAAAGGCAGGAAAACCGAGUGUCAGAUUUUCUGGACAGUCAUCGAUGGGAUUUGGGAUAAUCAACUACAUAGCUCUAUCCAUUCAGCAGGCUACUUUUUAAAUCCGGGUCUCUAUUACCUUGAUGAUUUCUAUGUUGAUGCUGAGGUUGCGGCCGGACUUUUUUGCUGCAUCGUACGGAUGGUGGGUGAUAAACGUGAGCAGGAUUUGGUAACAUCACAAGUCAAUGAGUAUAGAAGGGCCAGUGGAGCUUUCGGCAAUGCAGAUGCUGUUGACCAGAGAACGAAGCUUGCUCCAGCGGAGUGGUGGUCCUUGUAUGGAGGCCAAUGCCCUGAACUGCAACAACUUGCUAUAAGGAUUCUGUCUCAGACCUGUACUGGUGCCUUGAGAUAUGGUCUGAAAAGGAGUCUAACCGAGGAACUACAUAUGAAAGGCAGGAACUGUGUAGAGCAAAAACGGUUGAAUGAGCUUACAUUUGUUUACCAUAAUCUCCGGCUGCAAAACUUAACUGCUCCAAACACGGAUAACACAGACGUAUUUCUUGAGCCGAUGGAUCCAAUGGAUGAAUGGGUUGGAGGAGGUAGUAUGGAAGAGAAAGCAGUUGAAAAAAAUGAGGCAGGCAGGGAAUUCAAAAUUCUGAAAAAUGAAAUUGGGAUGGACAGGAAGAACUCUUAUUGCGUGAAUGCAGCAUUCUCUUCUUAUAGACUUGUUUAAAAAAAUAGGCAUAUAGUACUAGAAUAGAUAGAGUUGUACAUAAAGCAAGGAAACUGCAGCUUCUGCUGCCUGAAAAUGAGUUUUAUCCAAGUAGGAAUUAUAUAAGCUUGAUUUGAGCAACAAUUUUAUUAAAUGGAAAGUUGCUUACUGAAA